CAACACACCGCUACAGAGGACGUCAGGAUCGCAUCCAUCCUCAACGCGAAAUGCUUUGCGAACUGAAUCUAACUCGAGCAAUCCUCCCCGAUUCCGUGCGUCUCGGCGAGGAGGCAUUUACAUGCUCAGGUACACAAACUGGGUAGAGAACUCCUCGGCGAAAGUGGGAAGGUUAUUUUGAGUGGAGAGAGCGCUCGCGUCGAGUAUGGUCUGUGGUGAAGGGAGCAUCACAAAGAGGCAACAUCUGUAACUUCGGGAUUUACUUGUAAAGGCGCUUUUUUUUCAGGAGAUUUGGGGAUAUUUUGUGCAUAAACAUGCCUGUAAGAAGAGGUCACGUUGCGCCACAAAACACCUUCCUUGGAAUGAUUAUCCGGAAAUUCGAGGGUCAGAACCGCAAAUUUGUGAUAGCCAACGCCAGGGUGGAGAACUGUGCAAUCAUUUACUGCAACGACGGCUUCUGUGAGAUGACAGGCUUCUCCAGACCGGACAUCAUGCAGAAGCCAUGCACCUGCGACUUCCUCCACGGUGACCUGACAGACAAAGAGGCCAUCAACCAGGUGGCCCAGGCUGUGAUUGGGUCCGAGGAGCGCAAGGUGGAGAUCACCUACUACCGCAAGGAUGGGUCUGACUUUCAGUGUUACAUCCACGUGAUCCCUGUGAAAAACGAGGAGGGCGUGGUGAUGAUGUUCAUCAUAAAUUUUGAGUACGUCGUGGAUGAGGAAAGUGACAACUCCACAGAGAAGAUAAGCCCAACGUCCCCGACAAAGUCAGAUCAAAGGAGAAGUAGAUUCUUCCGCUUCCGCCAAGCCGCUUUGAGCCUAAUGAACACCAAGCAAUCUCUUCCACAAGAGGACCCAGAUGCUGUGAUGGUGGACCCGCCCAAAGAGAAUGAGGGCUCAGUGGCCCUGCAGAGCUUCCCCUCGCCUACCAAGAGCAUUUGCAGUCCCAUUGAGACCAAUGACACGCGUGGCCUCAUAGGCUCAAGCCACCACUCUUCCCAGGCUAGCAUCGGCCCUGAACCAGUUGACCAUUCAUCCCCUAAACUCCCCUGGGAGAAGCUGUACCAGACAGAGCCUCUCCAGUCCUCCAACACCCUGUCAAACACCUUCCCCAGAGGCAGCAUCAACAGCAUGAGGCGAGCCUCAUCCGUCCAUGAAAUUGAGGCCUACAGCUCCAAUUCCAAAAGCAUAUUCAGGGAUCGUCAUACCAGUGAAGGCCCUUUUAAUCACGUGAAGCCCAGCCUGCUUGGCUCUACCUCUGAUUCUAACAUCAACAAAUACAGCACCAUCCACAAGAUCCCUCUGAUUGCACUCAACUUCUCCGAGGCGACCGACAAGAAGACGCAUUCUCCGCCAACAUCCGACAAAACCAUCAUAGCACCAAAGGUCAAGGAGAGAACUCACAAUGUCACGGAAAAAGUCACACAGGUCCUGUCACUCGGAGCUGAUGUGCUACCAGAGUACAAACUCCAGACAACCCGCAUCGACAAGUUCACCAUCCUCCACUACAGCCCCUUCAAAGCUGUGUGGGACUGGCUGAUCCUGCUGCUGGUCAUCUACACAGCAAUUCUCACUCCCUACUCCGCUGCUUUCCUUCUCAACGACACAGAGGAGCAGAAGAGGCGUGAAUGCGGAUACUCCUGCAGCCCUCUCAAUGUAGUGGAUUUAAUAGUGGACAUCAUGUUCAUCAUUGACAUCCUCAUAAACUUCAGGACCACUUACGUAAACAUCAACGAGGAGGUGGUCAGCGAUCCGGCUAAAAUCGCAAUCCAUUACUUUAAGGGCUGGUUCCUUAUAGACAUGGUGGCGGCAAUCCCCUUUGACCUUCUCAUCUUUGGUUCAGGAUCAGAUGAGACCACCACUCUGAUUGGCCUGUUGAAGACAGCCAGGCUCCUGCGACUGGUGCGUGUAGCCAGGAAGUUGGACCGCUACUCUGAGUAUGGUGCUGCAGUCCUCAUGUUGCUCAUGUGCAUCUUCGCCCUCAUCGCCCACUGGUUAGCCUGUAUAUGGUACGCCAUUGGCAAUGUGGAGAAGCCCUACUUGGAGCACAAGAUUGGCUGGUUGGACAAUCUGGGCGUGUCCAUAGGAAAGAGAUACAACUACAGCGACCCGACCUCUGGUCCCUCUAUCAAGGACAAGUAUGUCACAGCACUUUACUUCACCUUCAGCAGUCUGACCAGCGUGGGCUUUGGAAACGUUUCCCCAAACACCAACUCAGAGAAGAUCUUUUCCAUCUGUGUCAUGUUGAUUGGCUCCCUGAUGUAUGCCAGUAUUUUUGGAAACGUCUCUGCCAUCAUCCAGAGGUUGUACUCGGGUACGGCCAGAUAUCACGCUCAAAUGUUACGGGUCAAGGAGUUCAUACGCUUUCAUCAGAUUCCCAACCCACUGAGACAGCGGCUGGAGGAGUACUUCCAACACUCCUGGGCCUACACCAACGGCAUUGAUAUGAACACGGUGUUAAAAGGUUUUCCUGAGUGCCUGCAGGCGGAUAUCUGCCUUCACCUCAACAGGAAUCUACUUCACAACUGCAAGGCGUUCCAAGGAGCCACCAAAGGCUGCCUAAGGGCCUUGGCCAUGCACUUCAAAACUACUCAUGCCCCUCCUGGAGACACUCUGGUCCACAGUGGUGAUGUGCUCACUGCUCUUUACUUUCUAUCCCGCGGCUCUAUUGAGAUCCUGAGAGACGACAUUGUGGUAGCAAUCCUGGGAAAAAAUGACAUCUUUGGAGAAAUGAUCCACCUCUUUGCCAAGCCUGGGAAGUCCAAUGCUGAUGUGCGAGCUCUGAGUUACUGCGACCUGAGCACCAUUCAGAGAGAAGAUCUGCUGGAGGUUAUAGACAUGUACCCAGAGUUUGCUGACUCCUUCUUCAACAACCUGGAGCUCACCUUCAACCUCAGAGAUGAGUCUCCAAAGGUAGAUGAUAUACUGGUGCCCUCAGGCUCACAAGGUGGUGAUUCAGAUGGCGAGGGCAGUAAGAGUAUUAAAAGAAGGAUUUCCUUCACACCAGAUGUGUCUAAAGGGGAAAACAAGGAAGUGGUUAAAGACUUGAGGAGGGAGAGGGGAUCUAACUCGUGCCUAAAGAGAAGUUCAGAAGUCCUCAGUCCCUCUCCACACAAUGCCCCAGCCCUGGGCUCAAAUCUUAUUGUCAGAGACAGCGUGGAGAGACGACCGUCUUUUGAAGAUCUGUGCUGUGAUAAAUGGGCCUGUAAGAAGCCUACAGACUACCUGGAUGAGUCAGCACAGUUCCAGGACCUGAGAGAGGACGAUAAUUCUGCCAGCGAGAUCACGUAUGGAGAGGUGGAACAUCGCUUAGGUCAGCUUCAGGAGCACUUAAACAGGCUGGAGACGCAGUUGAUGACAGAUAUUCAGACCAUCCUGCAGCUGCUGCAAAGACAACCGACUCUGGGACCUCCAGCCUACAGCACUGUGACUGCCAGUCCAGACUAUCACAGACCUGCCGUGAAGGUUCAGCCAGUUGCUCUGACUGCAAGCCAUUUUUUCAGCCAUACGGGAACUCAAGGCCCCAACCACAAACUGGAGAGGGCCAUUCAGGAAUCCAAAGACUCUCUGUCGAGCUUGGCCAAUGUGAAUGCACCCAUCGAGGGCAGCCUUACAGCAUUGCUCGUACAAAGACAUACAGAGCCACAGCAGCAACAACAGCAGCAACAACAACAACAGAUCAUAGGGCAUCAACAGUCUGCACUGAUUCUUCUUCCAACUGAGACCUCUUUGACCUCCUCCACCUCUUCGUCUCCAGCCCCUUCUGACUCCAACCUCAACACCACUGGACUCCACAGACCGGUCUCAGACCAAGAGUUUCCAAGGCCAUAAACCUUCUAGCAGCACGGUGUUCUACUAUCUGGGUUGUAAUGCUGUAAUUACUUUAUAAGUAGCAGUUUUUUAUAGGCAUGCUGGCACAGACAUCUGUAUUGUUCAUUUGCAAUGGCUUGGCGAUAGUAGUAAGUUGGGUUUUUUUUUUUUUUCAUUAUGCAUGUGGAUAAAAUACUGUUCGCUGCAGUUAACAGUGUGUUAAUCAGUUUUCUGCAGUUAUCAGUGUAUUAGCAAUGGUUACAUAUUGUAACAGUAGUUCUAUAUUCACACAGAAGCCCUCUUAUGGACUUUUUAAGCACCACACACUAAAAAUGUACAUGUAGAUGCCGAACCAAUCAGGAUGAAUCAUUCCUCCACACAGAGAGUGGCCCUACAGGAUGACAGCACUUUCCCAUUUACUACAUCUACAGCUUCCUAACUUAAUUCAACUUAAGCAGCAGGGGUGCUGGUGAAAGAGCUCCACUUGGUUGUGAUAGAACUAGCACUACAACCAGUGGUGUAGUGGUAGCUGAUUAGGUGGGUGUACUUCUAUGUAGAUGGGUAGGUUACAGAGGAGAAAGUGGGUAUACUCAUAUUCCAAUGGCUUUUUGGUUGAUAGGUGGAUUUACUGUAAACAGCUAGAAAAAGAGGAGGGUAAACCCUGUGUACCUGCAUAUACCCUGCACUACGCCAUUGACUAGUUACAACACCUAAUCAACUUUGUGUUUCACCCAGGCGUUGUACUCUAAUGGGCUCUAAUGGACUCUGAACCACGCUUUGUGACUUAACAUUUUAUGUCCCAAUACACAAUUGGUCACACUAGGCUGGGCUGAGUGGACUACAAGGCUAGAGUCAGCCAUAAUGCACAUUAGGCUUGGGCGGUAUCAAGGUAUUACAGUAUAACGGGAUAUUUAGAAAUCCUGAGGGUAUGCUUGUAAAUACCCUCAAAAAUACAGAUGCUCCUCUUUCUAUUAAACUGAUACGGAGAUGCUGUAUUGAGGUGAUGCAUUGUAGAGCACAGAACGCACCACCAGAGGUCAGUCUCUACUGGUGGAACAGGCAGCUAAGCUGAGAAAGAUGGCGACUGCGAGUGGUGGGGAAAACGUUACAGGACUGCCCCUGUUCGGGAGUAUUACCACAUAUAACUUUAUACUGAGAUGACUUCUUUUAACAAAGCAGUUUAUGAGCCACAUGAUUUUAUUCAAAACAUCAUUUCCAUUCAGUCCACUGAUGUGUUGGUAACUGCCACAGCAACAAUCGGCAUCAGUCCCUCCAGCAAGAAGGGCGCCUAUUUCUUAUGUACUCAAUAUUCUAUGGGCCAUAAGUAUUAAAUACAGCAAUACUUGUCUAGGUAAGCUAACUGCAUGUUAGAAAUACAGCAUUGUAAGCUAGGUAAUGACCUCUAUCACCUCUAGCUCAGCUUUUACGUUUUUUUUAUUGUUAUUGUUUUGUUUUUACACAAAUACUGUCAUAUAACGUAUACCCUUGUGAAAUGUCAGCAAGGUAUAAAGGUAUGAAAAAAUAGAUACCACCCAAGGCUAAUGAGCACAACACCUACUGUUUGCAAAUUGGGUUUGCACUGUCACACAAGCACCAGUCUAACUACAUCACAACUUUUUUUGUGGACACUGAGAAACUGGCCUGACAACCUUGACCAUCAGACAAAUGUGUCCCUCCUUCAAUCAAUACUUGCUAAGCAAGAGGUGCUGACUGACCCACAUACUUCACACUAGACGGGUCCCAAUGUCCAGCACUCCAUGGAUAGUGUCAGAUACAAAGAUGGGGUAAGAGUAGCUUCUCAACACCCAGGCCACUACUGUACCAGUAAACCAAGAAGUGCAUGCAAUGUAUGAUUCCUCAACAUCUCUGUAAAGGGACUUAUUUCCUUCCUAGUCCAGCAGAAGGCGAGGGUGACUAAACCCCUACUGAAGGUCUCACAACUUCUCCAAAGUCCUGAGUGCAGGCCAAGAGCAAGACAAAAGUAAGUCACCAGACAGACAAGGUGACAAUCGGAAGCCACCAAUCCUUCACCACCAGUACUCCUUUGCAGAAAGCAAGGGAAGGAGGCAGUAAAAGACCACACAAAGAUCACCCCACUGUACAUAACAGAGAUCUAGGGUCCCAGGACAAACACUGCCAAGAGAGUUCCUGUCCAUGACUGAGAGAGAAGUGAAAUGUCUUUGACAUAGUUAACAGUGAUCUUUUCCUUGGUCAGAUUUUGCCAACAACCUUCAAGUCAACUUUUCCCACACUUUCAUGUCUGUAGUGAGAAGAGGGAAAGGUUACAUCUCCAGAAGCUGAGUGUCAACAGAGAGCAGCUACUGUACCACUCACUGCCAAAGUCCCCCUAGAGACAGGGCAACACAAUUGAUCACUCAGCUCUCUAUACUCCAGUCAGUGAAGAAGGGGAAACAGAAAUGGAGACCAUGACUGAAGAUUGUAAAUGCUGGCUUGAGGCAGUCCACUUCUGUCACCAGGAUGUCCAGGGAGUUUGCAAGUGCAGCUUGAGACUUGGAAGCAAGACUGAGCCAAAGCUAGGACCCUGCACUACUUUGUUUCCUCACUGCCAUUAUACACGUAUUGUAUGAGGCCAUAGGCGGAAACACAUACAGUGAAUUUCCUCCACCAGGGUGCUCACCACAUGAAAACCCUCAACAGUCACUGAUGAACUUGGCAAGUCCCAUUAGAGCCCACUAGAAUCGAAAGCCUGUGUGUGAUACAUAUACCGACAACCACUUAAAGGGCCUGCAUAGGAACAGACUAUACAAGCUAUUUUCUGCAGCUAUAAGUGUAAUACAGCAUUAUUACAAAGGUGUGAGAACAGUUUUUGUUAUCCUUAGUUGUAUGCCCGUCUUCUCUGAAGUGUGACUCAGGGGUUAUGGAAAAUUGCACUGCAAUACACAGUACAGUAUCAAGUAUACUGUAGUUUUCUUCUAUAAACAAUGUGCAUUAUUAUUGCGGUCACUGACGUGCACCUACUGUACAACAUUAAGCCAACAGAACACACCAUACAUGCUUGUCGGGGGGGAUAUCAUAACCUGCAGAUUGAAGAGUAUUCUGCUGUUAUCCCAGAGCUAUGCCUCUGACAAACAAGUAUGAUGUAGGUAUUUCUACAUGGCAGUGCAUGUGUUUUAUAUUUAUAUAUUUACUGUUUUGCACUGCUUAUGAGCCCAAAGUAGCACAUGACAAUAUAAAAUGAUGUCAGUAUAUUUGUCUCUUUUUAGGAUGCACUCUGUUGAGGGAGAGGGGGGAAGGGGGACGCAUGGAAAGUUAGAACUUGCGCAUAAACAGGCCCCAGAGAGGGUCGUGUGCCUAUACAACCAAUCCAAAUGCUAAGUCAGCAUCUUCAUGUAUACAUAACCAUAACAUCGACGAAGCAUAUCGUUUCCCUGUACUGUUUUUGUUGGCAAUGUACAAUAAAGUUAAAAUGUUGUUAGACAAUUGUUAGAAAACAAAUACAUCACAUUGCAAGAUGUAAAAAAAUGUAUUUUUUUUAACUGAGUAAAUUAUAUGAGAAACUCUUUAGAAAAACUGUAGUACAUAUGUUUGUUUUGAAGCUGUUGGAGCAA